GUUUUAAGUAUUUAAACAUUGCAAAGUUUUAUAUAGAAUUACAGAAGGAUUUUUUUUAACACUUCUAUAAAGUGUCAUUUUUGUUUGAAAAAAUAUAUUCCUUAAUAAAUAAACUGUUUGUUUUUACACUUUUUCAACCAAGGUCAGCAAUGAAAUUGCACAAAUUUUUAGGAUUAGCGGCAUUUCUUAUAGGAGGGACAGGAUUGUCAGUAUUUUUUUUUACAAGAAAUAACAAAGGCAAAUCUUCUGAACGAAGGACAGAUAAGUUUGAAAUGAAACUCGAGAAUGAUUACUGUCUUAUUACGUUUAAAGAAAAAUUUCCAGAAAACUCUAAUGUAACAUACUUAAUUGAUGUUAUAGAUACAUCGAAUAAUAAAAUUUACAGAAAUAGAAGCAUAACACAUGAUUUAGAAUCACUUCCAAUUUAUUUACUUGCAGAAAAUAAAUACAUGAUAAAAAUUACUGCCUGUGAAAAAAAUAGAUGUUCUGCUUUUGAAACUUUCCCUGAAUUUAAUAGUGUCUCUGCAACAGAAUUACCUCCUGCGCCAUUGUCACUUUCAGUGUUCAACAUUACGAAUUCAACGUGUGGAUUUAAUUGGACACUGGCUAACAGUAAAAACGAAUACACAAAAUACAAAUUGAGCUAUAAAAAAGGAGAGAUGAAUUUUGUAAAUGAAGAUUUUUUUCAAAAUACUAAUUAUACUCAAAGAUGGCUAAAAGAUCUGAUCCCUGGCACUUACUAUACAAUUAAAUUGAGUACUAUUAACAGUUUAGGAGAAUCUGAAAAAACCUUGCAACAAAAAUUCAAAACUAAAUUCUAAUCGUCUUCAAGUGAGAUUAUAUUUUUCGACACUACUCAUAUAUUGUAAUAUUGUCAAGUCUUUCUUCUUUAGUUGGUUCUUAAAUAAAAUAUUCUUUC